AUGACCCCCUACAGCCUAAGGCUACCAAGACUGAAGCCCGCUCCUUCGCCCUACAGCAAGGGCAAUGCGAACAAGGCUCCUGCGAACCCUCUGUUCGAGAAGCGCAACCGCAGCUUCGGUAUUGGUAUGUAUACGGGUCCUCCGCGUGACCUGACCCGCUUUGUGAAGUGGCCCGAGUAUGUUCGUCUGCAGCGCCAGCGCGUGAUCCUUCAGCAGCGCCUGAAGGUUCCCCCGGCGAUUGCUCAGUUCUCGAACACUCUCGACCACAACACGGCGACGGCGCUGUUCAAGCUCAUGAACAAGUACCGCCCCGAGUCGAAGCAGGAGAAGAAGGCUCGUCUGGAUGCUGUCGCCAAGGAAGUGGCUGCUGGCAACAAGGUGGACCCGAAGGCCGACGGCAAGAAGCCUCUCUUUGUCAAGUACGGUCUGAACCACUGUGUUGCUCUCAUUGAAGCCAAGAAGGCCAACCUCGUCGUGAUUGCCGAUGACGUUGACCCGAUUGAGCUCGUGGUCUUUGUGCCGGCCCUCUGCCGCAAGAUGGGCAUUCCCUACGUGAUUGUCAAGUCGAGCUCGCGUCUCGGUGCUGUUGUGCACCUCAAGCGCACUGCCAUUGCUGUGAUCCAGGAUGUGCGUGCCGAGGACGAGCGUGAGCUCGCUGACCUCGUGUCGGCGGCCAAGGCCAACUACCUCGACAAGUACGACGAGGCUCGCCGUCACUGGGGCGGUGGUAUCCGUGGCAACAAGUCGGCGGAGAAGAUGCGCAAGCGCGCUAAGGCGGCUGGCCAGAGUGCCGCUGCUGUGGCGAAGGCUGGUGCUCAGCCGAUUUAA